UGAAGCCUGUAUCCUGUAGUAACAAAAAAGCAUUGAUAUUCUUUCUUACUGAACAAAAACUCGCGGCAAAGCUGAAUGAGAUUGAGUCAAACUUCACUUUCCUUUUGAAAGAAACGAGUUUUAAGGUUAACCAUGAGUGAAGCAGUUGAGCAGACACCCCAACCUACGGAUCCAAACAUGGGAUUGAACAUAGAAAAUGCUCCACCAAAAUCAGAGUCGCCUCACGCUGAGCAUGGACUCACCGAAAACAUACAGAAGAUUAUCACUCAAGAGAAAGAAGAAGUUGAGAAGACGAAAGUUGACUUGGAGUCCCUAACCACGAGAGCCUACCUAGACCAUACGGUGGUACCCAUCCUGCUGCAAGGGAUGUCGGCCCUGGCCAAAGAGAGACCUCCCAAUCCGAUUGAGUACCUGGCCAGCUACCUCCUGAAGAAUAAAGACCAGUUUGAAGGUAGCAGCUAAGACAUGAAAUAGCCGUCUAAUAAUACCACUGGAUUUACCUCUCACUAGAGGGGGUAAAGUAAGCCUUGUGUGGUGUCAA